AUGGCCACCAAUGCCGGGCCAUCGCCGUCGGGCCAGAGCGAAGACUGCCUCUUCGUCAAUGUUUGGGCACCUUCAGGUGCUGGGCCCAACUCUAAGCUCCCCGUGUGGGUUUUCAUCCAAGGUGGAGGGUUUGAGAGCUUGGCUUCGGCAGGAACAGACGGCAGUGGAGCGGUAGCCAACUCGGGAAACAACAUUGUCUUGGUGACGCUGAACUAUCGAGUGGGAAUCUUUGGCUUCCUCGCCAGUUCGCAGAUCCAGGCCAACGGAGUAGCGAAUGCCGGCCUGUAUGACCAGCAAGCUGCCCUGCAAUGGGUACAACAGCAUAUUGCUCAGUUUGGUGGUGACCCGACUCAUGUUAUCAUCCAUGGACAGAGUGCUGGUGCAGAAGCAGCGUCAUUGCAACUUGUUUCUUUUGGCGGUAAAAACCAAGGCCUUUUCGUAGGGGCCAUGUUUGAAUCUCUUCCUGAAAUCAUCCAGCCCAAGGUGUCAGAGAUUCAAUUCCAGUACGACGCUCUCGUCAGCAAUGCGGGAUGCAGCUCCAGCUCUGAUUCACUCUCUUGUCUUCGUGGCCUCAGCACCACAGCCUUGCAGCGGUUCAACGUACCCAUCGUCUAUCCCGGCCGGCCAAAUGCCCCGAAUUACCCGUAUGUGCCAUGCGUUGACGGCGUGUUCCUGCAAACCGGUUCAUACGAGGCCUUCCAAGCGGGCAAGUUCGUCAAGGUUCCCAUGUUUUUCGGAAGCGUCACAGAUGAAGGGACGACCUUGGGUGCCCCCAACGCGGCAUCGUCCAGCGAUAUUCAGACUUUCUUCCUGAACAAUUAUCCUCGCUUGACCAGCCAGAACACGUCUGCAAUCAUCCAGCAGUAUCCACAGAACAUAGAGCCACCGUUCAACAAUCAUGCAGCCUGGUUCCCAGCUGCUGAGCUCGCGUACGGAGACGUACUCGUCACUUGCCACGGACUCAACUUUGGGAAAUAUUUCAUACAGGCUGGGCAACCAAUCUGGACAUACCGCUUCAAUGUCUUGACUCAAAGCAACAUUGCAAGCGGAGUCGGUGUCCCUCACGGGUUUGAUCUUGGCGCAGUUUUUGGAGGUGGUUACGACAACUCCGAUCAGACCAACGUGGCUCGUUUGCAAGGAUACUACAUAUCCUUCGUCCGGUCGCUGAACCCAAACACGUUUGCGUUUUCUGGCUCAACAUCAUGGCCUCAGUGGAACGGACAGGCAGGAGGACAGAGGCUUGUGAUCAACAACAACAACACGGUAGUUGAAUCUGUCCCGCAAGCUCAGAUGAGCCGGUGUGCUUUCUGGGAGAGCUUGGCUGCGCAGUUGGAGAUAUAG